GCAAAUCAGUUGUAAACGCAGCUUCGUCAAGGAAAGUUGUUAAACAUUCAGAAUGAAGAAUAUAUAUUGGAUGAGUUUCCUAAUCUGCUCGAUUUCUGUGCAGUUGGUCAACUGCUUGGUCUGUCGCAACUGCGUUAGUCCAGCCAGCUGCAGGUACGCAAAGGUAGUCCAGUGCACCAAUAAAUCUGCCAAUGUGACGAGCCAGUAUUUGGCCACAUAUCAUCAGAAUGUGCUUGAGCUAAACAGCAGUCGCUUCAACUGCCUCGCUCUGAAGUAUGUCUAUAUGAGAAACACUUCAGUGGACUAUCAUCUCUUUGGCUGUGUUCACCCCGAUCUCGACGUCUGUGCGCUGCAGCUGAAGCCCGAGGUCAGCGACUGGAACAGGACGAGGUGUAUCGUUUGCUCUGGCAACAAUUGCAACAGAAAUUCAUCUCGCAAAAUUGGUGGAACUCUCCAUACGAUUGUAGGUACAGUCUGCACUCUCAUGCUAAGUAAGAUCUAUGGCUAAUAUUAUUGAUAAUUAUUAAAUGAUUGAUAAAGA